AUGCCGGGUACUUUUGGUCUCGAUUCUCCUUCUCCUCAACAUGACGUACCAAUUGCAGGUUCCAAAUCAAACAUUUAUCUUCCGCCAUCAACGCCAUCAGCAUCUGCCACUUCUUCUCUAUAUCUCUUCGACACACAAUCAACGACCAGUACAGAUUUGUUAAAUGCCGGAGGUACAAUGGUCGGCAGAAAGAGAAUGAGAGAUAGUUUCCCACAUGAAUAUGGUUACGAGCGAGGAAAUCAAUUUGAGGAGGGUGAUUCGAAUUUAGCUACCCCAGGAAGUCCCAUGCCUUUUGUGAAUACCAAAUAUCGAUUGGCAGGAGGUUUGGAUACUCCGCAGGCGGAGAGACAAAAUCGGGAAAUGGGAAUGGGAAGAGAGAGUGAUUUUGGUGAUACCAAAUAUCGAAGAGAAUUAAGUGAUGUAAAGGAAACUUUCGAAGCCGAGGGAGAAGGUCAAUUAUAUCGAGAUGAAAAUGGACGACCGAGAAUUCGAGGACAACCAAAGGAAGAUGAGAAGCGUGGAUGGAUUAAACCGAUGGUUAAUGUGGUGGGUGGUGUCGUUGGAAAGAUGUGGGAAUUUUGCAAGAUGGGUGUCGCAUUUAAAGGAUUCCAAGCGGGUGGCGGAAAUGGUUAUGUUUUUGGAUCGACAACUCCAAUCGAACCGACUUUUACCGACGAGCCGAAGAAUGAUAUGUGGGAGGAUGAAAAAUCUCCUGGUACACCGGUCCCAGCUGGAUUUCCGAUGAGUGGUAUGGUUGAGAAUUAUAUGGAUCGAAAUCAUGUUUCACCACAGCAAGAGACAACACCUCCGAGACCAGCAAAGAGACGUCAGACUAGUUUCACGGCUCAAUCUACUCCAGAUGAUAUGUCAAGAAAUUGGGUGGUUGUUCCGCCUCCACAAGUAGUACAACAACCGCAACCUGAAUAUCAACACAUACCUCAACCAGAAUCUCAAGCACUGCAACCAGAAUAUCAUCUCAACCAACAAUAUCCAAAAUUGCCACCAGUGCCUGCAGAUGCAUUUGCCAUUCCACAAUCUCAAGUACCUAAAUCUAGGGUGUCACAACAGAGAAGUGGAAUUGCUAGAUAUAAUUCACCCGCCACAUCAAAUUCGACCAGGAGACAUUUGGUUCAACCUCAAAUCACAUCAAGUAAUAUGGGUGCCACCCGAAGACCGACUUAUCAAAGUCAUCCACGAGUUCUAAAUCCCUCACCUACUCUAUCAAAUUACGAACGUGGUACAAAUUAUUCCACUCCCACUCGACCUAUCUCUUCUCAAAUUCCUCGUACGGCUUCACCAGCCGGAUCACGCAUUCCUCGUUGGACACCGAAUAGUCCGAAAACAGGACCGAAUUCCAAUGAAAGUCCAGCGGCGAGAGAAGCAAAAGCAUGGAAGGCGAAACAAUUGAGAGAGGAGAGGGAACAGGAUGAGAUGAUGAGGAAGUUUGAUAGGCAGAUGAAGGAAUUGAUUAGACAGGGGAAUAUGGCGUUGGGAACGAAGGUUGAGGAUAUGGAGGUUGAUGAUGAGGAUGUUUAUUAG